UUAACAGACUAUAAUAAUAGAUCCAAGGGAGAAAUUACUUUUGUUACUCGUUUUGGAGUUUCUGUUGCGAAUGAUAGGAAAUUUAGCUUACUCUACUCUGUGCUAAUUUAAAAAGUAAAAUUGAAAAUGGCGUCUUUGACGAGUUUACUACCCGCGCCCACACAGCAAGUGUGGGACCGCGAUGAUGAGCUUAAAGCAAUGCGCGUUGGUAGCGCGCUGGUGGUGUCCCAGACCAGUGUGCCACCCUAUGGACAGAGGAAAGGAUGGGUGCCUCGAGCAGAGGAGGAUUUUGGAGAUGGUGGAGCAUUCCCCGAGAUCCAUGCGGCACAGUAUCCCCUGGGCAUGGGUGCUCGAGGCAAGGAGAGCACAUCCAAUGCUCUGGCAGUUCAGUUAGAUGAGACCGGCAAGGUCAAAUACUCUGCUAUCGCUCGACAAGGCCAUGGUGCUGAUAAGAUAAUCUACUCAAAACUGACAGACCUGCUUCCAUCAGAGGUUCUUGCCGAAGAUGACCCGACUCUACAGAAACCGUCCGAGGAAGAUAUUCAAGACAUCACAGAGAAAACCAAACUUGCCUUGGAGAAACUGACCAAUGCUAAAAUUUCUGCCGCACUGCCUGUUAAAGCUGCUCCCAAAGCUGCCCCCGCUCAGUACAUCCGCUACACGCCGGCGCAGCAGGGUGGCGCGUUCAACUCUGGCGCCAAGCAGAGGGUUAUUCGGAUGGUAGAAGCCCAAUCGGACCCGAUGGAGCCGCCGCGCUUCCAGAUCAACAAGAAGAUCCCGCGCGCCGCGCCCUCGCCGCCGGCGCCCGUGCUGCACUCGCCGCCGCGCCGCGUGUCCGUCAAGCAGCAGCGCGACUGGAAGGUGCCGCCCUGCGUCAGCCACUGGAAGAACGCCAAAGGUUACACCAUCCCCCUGGACAAGCGUCUGGCGGCCGACGGGCGCGGCCUCCAGCAAGUCCACAUCAACGAGAACUUCUCCAAGCUCGCCGAGGCGCUCUACAUAGCCGACAGGAAAGCUAGAGAGGCUGUGGAAGCUAGGGCUCAGUUGGAGAGAAGAUUGGCGCAACGAGAGAAGGAAAAAAAGGAAGAGCAUCUAAGGAUGCUGGCCCAGCGGGCUAGGGACCAUAGAGCUGGCAUACGAGCUCCGGAAGAGGAAGGCGAGGGCGAAGUUGACGAGAGCGGACUAUCAGCUGCGGAGCGUGACAAGCUGAGGGCAGACAGACAUAAAGAGCGACAGAGAGACAGAAAUCUUGCUAGAGCUGCACCGGACAAGAGGUCUAAACUAGUGAAGGAUCGCGAGCGUGAUAUCUCUGAGCAGAUAGCACUCGGUCUGCCCGCCAAGACCAACCAGGGCGGCGAAGCUAUGUUCGAUCAGCGACUCUUCAACAAUAGCAAAGGAAUGGACAGUGGUUAUGGCGAUGACGAAGCUUACAAUGUUUAUGACAAGCCUUGGCGAAAUCAAGAUACGGUCGGGGCACACAUAUACAGGCCUACUCGCGUCAAGGAUAAAGACAACUAUGGCGACCUGGACUCCAUCGCUAACACCCGCAGAUUCGUGGCCGACAAAGAGUUUUCUGGUACUAGUGCGGGCGCCGUGCGCUCAGGCCCCGUGCAGUUUGAGCGCCACGCCGGGCCCUCCUCCAGCCAGGAGCAGCCGUCCCGCAGCGCAGCGCCCGAGGCCGACUUCGAUCCGUUCGGUCUCGACCGGUUCCUCAGCGAGGCCAAGCGCGCCGACAAGGGCGGCCGCAAGCGCGACCACGAGCGCCAGGACCACCCCUCCGCGCACCAGAAGCGACGCCGCGACUAGUCAGAUUACAAAACUUGACUAUGGUGUUCAUAAAAUACAUUCUGUAUCAUAUAUUCUAAUAAUGUUAGGAAGGUUGAAAAUUAUGUAAAAUACUUAGUUUUAUAAUUCGUGCCGUCCUCAAUUAAAAGGUACCAUAUUGUCGCUUACCGUAAGGACGAAAUUUGCUCGAAAACUUCAUACAAACCUAACACCCCUUAUGCUUAAGCGAGAAUGUGGUGCCUUUUGCUUGAGAACGCCACAUUUAGUGUUUCACUUUGUACCGAUAAAAAUAGUGUUAUGAAAUAAAUACAUUUAGAAUAA